AUGGAUGGGUCCUACUCAUUUCCCGAGACCCGCCAGCCACGCAUAAAGCACCGUGAUCAUUGGCCAGAAGCAGCCCUCUUUAUGGGGCUAGCCGACGCUAGCCCUGUUCCUGAAAGUGAGCAUGCCGCCCUUGUUAGUGUCGUCAAGCCAACCAGGGCGCUGGACGUCUUCUGGCUCCUGACCCGUCAACCAGUCACAAGACACCGCAACGUCCGUUUUGGCCCAAAGAGAAUGGCUUGCCUCUUAAAAUUCUCAAAAUCGAAUCACUCGCCUCCACUCGUCGGCGCCAAAAGCUUGGCCACAGAGCCAAGCCUAUUUAGCUCUUUGGCCCUCUUGCCAGCUCAUGCAUGCGCUCCACUUGACGAGAACGCGUUACCCGAUACAUCUGUCGUUCCAAAACCUGGUGUUUGCCCCUCACCGACCCUCGUUAUCUUCAAGGCCAUUCUUUCGCUCUGUCGAUACCCACCCAGUCUCGCUUUGCCGCCUUUUCCCUCAACCGAAUGCGUUGUCACAAAUCUAGAACACGCCCCCACUACGAGUCAUCUCGAAACUCGGUGCGGUGAGGAAAAGUGCGCAAUAGUCUUUAAAGAAGAAGAAAAAACUAAGCAGAAAGGUAAACAUGGAAGUGGCGCUGGCGAUGAUACAUCAUCGUCAAACACGACCCAGCCACCUGGUGCUGCGACCUCAGCCGGUAAUGAAGUGCCGAAGAACCCCUCCAGAACCAGCAUGGAGAAUUUGAGAACAAGCCUCCCCAAAGAAUCCUAUCGGUCCAGUAGCUACACGAGUAUGGCAUAA